UUUUUUUCUUUUUUUCUUUAUCUUUCCCUUAUUCCCUCCUUGUCAUUCCUUCGCAAGAACCACUCGGCGCACUUCAAUUACAUUCCAAUCCAUCUCCAAUGUCUCAGCGCCCAAAAGCCGUUCGUAUGGGAACCUCCGAGCUCGAGGCGCCACCAGCAACCCUGACAAAGAAGCAGUUCCAGCAGGUCAAGAAUCUCACGAGGGAUGAUGGACACUUCAACUUGGUCAGGAACUUCAAUCUCGCGGAUGUGAUCACUCUGGGCAAUGGAGUGUGUGGCUCUUUGUCCAUUUUUUCCAGCCUGCGUUAUGUCAUAACCCAAGAUCCUUAUUACCUGAGAAUGGCCAUGUGGUGCAUCCCCUUGGGCUUCACCUUCGACGUCUUUGAUGGUCGAGUCGCCCGCUGGCGCGACACGAACUCGAUUCUUGGCCAGGAGCUAGACUCGCUUGCCGAUGCGAUCUCCUUUGGGGUGGCCCCAGCUGUCCUAGGAUUCGUGCUUGGAAUGCAGAGCUUUCUAGAUACAGUGGUGUUGGUUUGCUUUAUCUGCUGCGGAAUUGCUCGUUUGGCACGGUACAAUGCUACAAUUGCCAUCUUGCCCCAUGACAAAUCUGGUAAAGUCGAGUAUUUUGAAGGAACGCCUAUUCCAACGUCACUUGCGUUAGUUGCUGUGCUCGCUUAUUUGACACAUCUGGGCAAGGUGGGCGACCAAUUGCCUGGAGGACUGAUCGAGGUUAUACCUGGGUAUUCCUUCCACGCCAUGGUGGCCAUGUUUGGCAUCAGCGGGACUUUAAUGGUCAGCAAAUCGCUUAAGAUUCCAAAGCUAUAGGCCAUUGCACGCUGACAGCGACGAGCCGCACCAGGAGGAGCAACGUACACGCAAAGAUGAGUGAGAUAGCUACUUAUUAUAAAUAAAAGAGAUAUCAGCUUCAGAACA